GGGGCGAUCGCAGGGAACUGGGCGGGGAAGCGACCGUCCCUGGCUCCGCCGAGCGCCAGCCCGCUCUUCCUGCCUGGAGGCGCCGCAGGCCUGGGUUCCGGGACAUCUGAGCCCGAGCACCGCCUCCCCAAAGGUCAAGGGGUGGAAGUUACACCUGGUGCAGCCCUAGGCUCUGAUGCAAAAGCAGCUUUUGCCCCUGGCUGCGGGACAGCGCUGUGACUACUCGCAACGGGAGAGCUGCUGCUCGUCCCCACACUGCAGAAAGCGCCGGCGACCCGGGCACUGACAAUGGUCUGCAGAGGGGAGCGGAGAGAAGCCUCUGUUCCUCCCUAGAUCCGCCGCCUCGGCGCCCGCCCCAAGGGUGGAGGGGGCGCGACAGGUCAUCUCGCGCGUGUCCCGGAGCCCGCGGCCGGGUCUGCACGCCUGGGGCCUGUGCUCCCUUCAGAGACUCAUACAAGCGAUUUAUCAUGAGAAGGACUGCACUAUAUCAUUUCACUCUUACAAGUUUUCAUUUAUGUUACACACUGAGAAAGUUAUGUAAAGCAACCAUCACUCUCUGGAGGUGGAGAUUACCGUGAUUCAUAAAGACGAGGUAAUUUUCCUGUAAUUACAGGAUGUCUCAGGAUGGAUCAUGAAGCUGCCCAGCUGGAGAAGCAGCAUGUGCACAAUGUGUACGAGAGCACAGCCCCUUACUUCAACGACCUGCAGAGCAAAGCCUGGCCUCGUGUCCGCCAGUUCCUCCAAGAGCAGAAGCCAGGCAGCCUCAUCGCUGACAUAGGUUGUGGGACUGGAAAGUAUCUUAAAGUGAACAGCCAGGUGCAUACCGUGGGCUGUGACUACUGUGGGCCAUUGGUAGAGAUUGCCCGGGAUAGAGGAUGUGAAGUCAUGGUAUGUGACAACCUUAAUCUCCCCUUUAGGGAUCAGGGCUUCGAUGCCAUCAUUUCCAUAGGAGUCAUACAUCAUUUUUCUACAAAACAAAGAAGAAUCAGAGCAAUAAAAGAAAUGGCCAGGGUCUUAGUUCCUGGAGGCCAGCUGAUGAUUUACGUGUGGGCAAUGGAACAGAAGAAUCGUCGCUUUGAGAAGCAAGACGUGCUUGUUCCAUGGAACAGGGCCCUAUGUUCCCAGCUUUUCUCAGAGUCCAGCCAAUCCGGGAGGAAGAGGCAGUGUGGACACCCAGAAAGAAGCCAUCCUUACCAUCCUCCUUGCUCCGAGUGUAGCUGUUCUGUUUGUUUUAAAGAGCAGUGUGGUUCAAAACGGUCCCACAGUGUGGACUGUGAACCUGCUAUGGCAAGAACCUGUUUUGCAAAUAUCUCUAAGGAAGGCGAGGAAGAAUAUGGAUUCUACAACACAUUAGGAAAAUCAUUUCGUUCUUGGUUUUUCUCCAGAUCUUUGGAUGAAUCGACUCUGAGGAAGCAAAUUGAAAGAGUAAGACCCUUGAAAAACACCGAAGUUUGGGCCAAUAGCACUGUAACAAUCCAGCCUUCCAGACACUCUAGUUUAGACUUUGAUCACCAAGAGCCAUUUUCAACAAAAGAGCAAAGCUUAGAUGAGGAAGUGUUUGUGGAACCUUCUUCUCAAAAGCACUUAGAGUGGCUGAGAGCACCAGGCACUCAGAAGCAUUUAAAUGGAGACCAUCAAGGAGAAAUGAGGAGAAAUGGAGGGAGGAAUUUUCUGGAUAGCACUCAUACUAGUGUGAAUUGUGCGGGUGUGGGUAACUUAGAAGAUGAUAAUCCUUCUGCUAGUAAAACAUUGAGAAGGAUUUCUGCAGUCGAUUCCACAGAUUCCAACCCAGAUGAUACAAUUUCUGUCGAAGAUCCACAGCCCGAUAUUUUGGACUCGAGAGCCUUUAUGCGCUACUACCACGUGUUUCGAGAAGGGGAGCUCUAUGGUCUGCUCAAAGAGAAUGUGUCAGAGCUCCGUAUCCUGAGUUCUGGGAAUGAUCAUGGCAACUGGUGUAUCAUUGCAGAGAAAAAGGGAAGUUGUGAUUGAUUGUAUCCUUUUAGACAACUCCAAAAGAUUAACCACAUUCUUUCGCUACGUUUGAUAUGGUUACAUGAAAUUGCAUUCAGUUUUAUUAUUUGUUAAUCCAUUAAUCCUUUGUCUGCAGAGACUACGAAUUAUUUGGUUGUUUUUCUUUUUAACUUUGAAUAAGCACAGAUACUGGCACUGAAAGCACUUGACAAAGGGCAUUUGUGCUUAAAUGUUAAUAUAAAAGAUCUGAAGAAGCAACAGAAAAUGCCCGUCAGUACAGUUCAGAUUUUUUUAACCCCUGAAGGAUAAAAUACAUGGAUAGUGACUUUCAGUAUUGUGCAUUGAUUUAAAAAGUUGAUGCUGUUAAAUAAUCUUUUCAAACAGUAUUUUUAUAAAGUGAGGGGAUAAUUUCUGGUUCCUAGGUUAUAACUGAGAUCAGUGUGCAAGACAACAGGGAAACUUUAAUCCAUUGCACAGAUAAUACAUUGAACCAUGUGAUGAGUUAUUUUGUUGCCAAGGUCUUGCUUCUACUUAAAGUUUUGAGAAAACUGAGUGACUGGAGAGACCCAAGAAGUGUUGCAAGGACUUUUCUAAAUUAUAAGCAAACUUGCUUCAAAAUAAGUUGACACAUGAUAAUAAUGUUUUCAAUGUAGCCCAUGAGGUUUUUAAAGGCACUGUUAGGUUGAACAUGGUGGCUCAUGCCUAUAAUUCCAGCACUUUGGGAGACUGAGGUGGAAGGACCACUUGAACCCAGGAGUUCA